CACACUCCGUUCGUUCUGGCGUCGCGACGGAGGAAGGACGGACGUGGCGUGCCGUGCUGUGCCGAACGAGGACCAGCGCAGCACAGAGCAGCUGGAACGUCAGAGUGCCCUCCGACUUCGUCGCGUACACAUCCCUCCCUGCGGAGAUCGCCGGCUACCUAUCGGCGACGUGUUGCGAGUCGCGAUCGCGUACGCAUACGCGGAGCAGGAAGCGCGCGGCACGGUGAUCCAUACGCCUCUUCCAUUUAUCCGUCUAUCGCACGCCGGUGGAUAACGCUUGUGAUACUGUCCGAGAAAGCCCGCUCGCUUUCGCAGUCGCGAGAAGGGGGGCGAAACGGAAAUUGAAAACGACGGCGCAGCAAUCCGACCGGCGGAUCGGGAGAGGGAGAGAAACUGAAGUUCAUUCCGCGCGGAAUUGCGGAGCUCGCCUUCAGGUUUCUCUCGAUUGCAUCGCCACGGUAUUUCUGUCCGUAUCUCGAGAAUUAUCUCCGAGGAACCGUCGACGGUAACGUCCGGUUUGAUUAUUGGGGAUUUUACUGCGCGGGUGGAUACCCUCUGGAAAAAUCGAGGCCCUUUUUUUUCUCUCCAGGAUAUCCGCGGAGGAAGCUCCGCGCGAUCGUUCGCAGGAUUCCGGAGCUGCUCGCUGCGUGUCACGUCGCUCGAUACGAUCGUUCAAUAGGAGUCUCCGGUCAAGUGGCACAAAAUACUUAGCGGUUUUCUCCCGAAUAAAAAGCGGAUGAUUCACGUACCGAGAACCAGUCGUCGACUUAGGAUGGACAUCUGGAAGAAGCGGCGUUCGUAAAAGUUGUCAGUGUUGAUGGUGCGCGUUUCUUCACGGUACUUGACGGUGCUGCGAUUUUCUCGCCGCAAACCGCGGGCGAAUUCGACGAAAACCCAAGUGCUUGGACGCGCGGUGGGAGCUCGGGAGAGAUCGAGCACGAAGAAGAGAAUGCGCUGAAGGAGCCUUGAUUACUGCGGGUCAAAAGCGGGGCGGCCUGUAGGCGCGCUGGACAUUAAGUUCAAUCGCUUCGGCAUCGAGCACGGGACGGGCAGAUAGUGCAAUAGUGAUAAGGCGCGGGCGAGUGAGCGAGCGAGACGGAGAGAGAGUUGGAUAGAAGUCGCGUGACCUGGUCAACUUGGUGAAUACGAGUGCGAUAUCGCUAUGCUGCGACGGAGAGGCGCUUUGCCGUUUCAGUAGAAAGAAACCUUAAGCGUAACGUGUCUCGCGAGGGGAGAAGAGAAUAUAUACUCGAGUCACUUUCAAGUAUCGCUCGAGGGGGCGAUGCUCGCGGCGAAAAAUGCCAAAGUGAAGAGCGGAAAUCUCUUUUGAAGCGUAUUACGGGGCCGACGAUAACGCCGACGGAAUUAAACAGAUGUAACUGAAGCACUCGCGUGGAAGAGCAACGUGUAUACGGGCGCGCGUAGGUAGGAGACGGGCCCCGAGCGGCGCGGAAAGAGAAAGAAGAAAUCGAGAGAUCUGACGUCCGCGCGGUGCGGAAGCGGCUCUAUUAAUUGCCCGUCGCAAGUGGGCUUUGUAAGGCUCGCGCUUAAUUAGUUCGGGGUUCUAACGUGAACGAUGAAGUGGUGCGUGUUGGUGUUGGUGCUCGCCGGUCUGACUAGGGCCGAUAAUGCCGUCGAUACCGUCUUCAAUUGUCCGGAACUCAAUGCUCAAGAUGAGAUAGACCUCGACAAGAUAAUGGGUAAAUGGUACGUCGUGGAAGUUCUGGAACACAAGAUGGACCAUACAAAGCCAGCGGGCGGCUCCUAUGUCGUAGAGUCUUGUCCGAUCGUCAAGUUGAGACCGCUAGAUCACGCUGCGUUGAGACUAUUGUGGACUGAGGAGUCUGGAAGCGUAGAAUACACCUUCCGGAUACCAGAUAUCUCCAGGAGAAAGGGCUUAUGGCGUGCCAUGACCUCGCAGAACGGUACCUUAGCGGAGAGGCAUUCGUACCAGCAGUUCGCCGGCAACGUGCACGUAAUGAAGGCCGUCGCCUCGGACAUGGUGUUGACUUUCUGCUCCCGGAGUCCCAACAGUCAGCUCUACUCCCUCCUGUUGUCACGCGAGCACACUUUGCAGAAGAGCGACAAACGAGGCGUUCACAAUCUCCUGUCGCGCCGCGGCCUCAAGAUCAUCAGCAUCCGCGAGACCUGCGUCAACGGCGGCACCGGAUCCAGGCGGGGCGCGCUCGAUCUCGUCGGCUGGGCGACCCUCGUCGGCCUCCUCUCGUCGAGCAUCCUCUUCAGGUCCUGGCAGUAGUGAAAUUAAACGGACGAUCGAUCGAACUCGAGACGCCCAGAUCGCCAGAUCGCGCCCCGACUGUGUCUCUCCGUCUCAGACUAAUUAACGCGAUUGUGCUAACACUUUGGAUGCUGCCGUGCGAGUAAUCUUAGGAGCAUUACGCCGGGUUACGGAAAUCCGUCGACUGUGUACUCGACGUACACGUGUUACGUUAGUUGCGUAUCUAUAAAAUGCCCGCGCGCCGAAUUAAAUAAUUUUAGCAUCGCGAACUUUCUCCGCGAUAUAUAAUUUAAGCUCUCACGGAACAAUUUUUAAUUACGGAAUCGAUCUCCUUUUUCUAAAUUUAUACUACGACUUACUACAUUAUUACGAUCUGUUUUUACUAACUUUAACGGAUAGUACUAGAUAAAAACAAAAGGAGUAUGUUCUACGCGGUUACAAAAUAAAAUAUGAUCGUUACACACGUCAAUAUUUAAAGCGCAUAUUCAGGUGAGUCGUUUAAAACAUUUUUAACUAAAAUUAAAUUUCACGCAAGGCAAUUAAUAAGCUCCAUUUAUCGUGUCACUCUUUCUCAUGCGCAACACUCGGUGUGCAUCAAUCGAUGCGCGAGCUAAUGUCAAGCGAAACGAGGGAGUCGCAAGGGGUUAAAAUUCCACCGGCGACCGGACGCUCGAUCAUUGACAUCGAAGGUAUCUUUCGCAAUUAACUUAACGUCAUCAUCGUGGACACUCGAUCAGCAUCGCGAAGACAAAACUGCGAUUUGGAUCCGCGUUCCCGGUUCCAGGUAAUCGCACGGAGAGAAUCACGUCGGCGGGAUUUGCGAUUCGAUGGCUCCGACGACUUUUAAGGGGGAUCGGGAUCGCGAGGGGCGCAGCGAGAUCGAGCGUAGGAAGAGCAUCGAUAUCAUCUGCGAUUCCCACGCGAGAGAGCUUCUUCUGUUCUAUCCCCUUAUAGAUCCCCCGGAUCCGUCGGCCACUCGAAUAUUUUUCAGCGACGUCCGCCGUCGUUUGUUCCUUCGCUGAGAAUGAAUUACCCAUUAGGCAAUUUUUCUUCCCCUCGCGCCCUCUUUGCCCCCGUGGUCCUUCGUGGACAUCUCGCUCUUCGCCAUUCCGCACGGUUUUUAAUCAAAGGCCCUUUGUGGCGAGAGCAAAAAGUUUGUCGCGGACAAAGCGCGUGUACCGCGGGGUUCAUUUUUUUCCCCGUGGUGUUUUCUUCAGUUACAUGCCAACGCGUCCUCUCUUGCAACAAAUUCGCUAAACGAGGUGAUUUUGCAUCGGCUUUUAUUGGAAAAAGUCUGCUUCGAUACUUGGACUUAAUGCAUUUGCAGCUGUAUUAGAUAAAAAAUUAUUUCCAAGCUAAUUAUUUUCCUCUUCGUACGUGAUGACCACGUUUUUUUUUGCGGCGCGGAUCUAAGUUUCUACGAACAGAUUCAUCGCGAGAGCCGGGAGAAAGAAGGAGCACUCCCGAAGUUUCAGCAAAAGUUGUUAAGAUCACUUUGCGUCCGUUGCGAAAAUACGUGGCCCCCUCUCCCCUCCCUUUAAUGGCGCAAAUCCCAACGAAAUCCGUAAUAGAGAAAAAGAGGGAGAGAGAGAGAGUAAGAAUGACGGAACAUCAGAAUCUCUCGCGCGAGAACCGCGUUGGGGAUUUUCCGUAAAUACUUUUCCGAUAGCUGAGGGACGCGUACUCGUUUGGCGCACCUCUUGGCAUCCCUUUGACCACGCUGGGGGAUGUUCGAAGCGUUCUCUUUCCAUCUCUCUCUGUUCCCCUUUCUCCGAUACCAGUCCGUCAGAAAAGUUCCCUCGAAUUGCCUUAUCGCGGUGAACAUCUCGAUGCCCGACUCGCGUCCCGCCGAUAAGAGCGCGGGAUUACGGGGAGGGGCGGAGGGGGAUGAGAAAUGGGACUACGGGGCCAAGAGGUGUCUUGUGUGUCUCCGUCAAAUAUACGAAGAGACGGAGGGAAGGAGAGGGAGCGAGAGGGAGAAUGAGGUAUGCUCUCGACGAUUUCGAGUUCCACUGAUGCAGCAACCUCAUGUAGAUUGCAGAACUGUCUGAACGGCGAUAAUGCAGUUCCGCGGGAAGAAGUUCCCCCCCCGAGAUUCGCUCUCGUCUCUUCCGGGGAUUUCCGUAUACGGUGUACUCUUAGGAACGAGGCUGACGUUGACCGUGGUGAGUGGUCACCGUGACCCAGUCCCAGCUAACGUCUUCACAAGUAUAGCGACGAGACGCCCGCGGCUUACGGUCAAAGCUGCUUUGUGCGAAGCGUCGAGCGACAGCUGAUCUACCGCUUCAAGUUUUAUUAAUCUUUCCUUUCGUGAGAAUAUUUUCAUCUUUCUUUAUCGUGCGAGGCAAAAAGUUAUAGGCGCGCUUCAAAAGAUUUUCUACAUUCGCCUCUCCAUUAUUGACGAUCCCGAUAACGCAGUGGAUUUUUCUUUCACAGAGUCGGGUAAGUACUGUAUAAAAAAGCUCGUGAAGCCUUUUCCAAGACACCCUAUAUUACCUGGUUCGGGUCACGUACAGCUCGCGAGUGUCGCGACGUCGUCGCGACGACGGGGCGUCGUUCUGUUUCGUUCUGCCGCCGUCGUAACGAAAUCACCGAAAUCUCCGUAUUCGCGCUUGGAAUUUUCAAACGACUACGCAAAUAGAUAACUCCCCCCCCAUUUUUCACGACACCGUCGGCAAUUACUGAUUUAUCAGCCUGAUUCGCCGAAAGAGGAACAAAUCCGCACAAAUCGAGUCUUUUUGCACGAUUAUCGAAUAUCCUAUUCGCGAAAAAAGUAAAAAAAAUAUAUAAAGACCAUCAAUAGCUUUGAUCGUCGAAUUUUUAUACAUCUCUCAAUGUUUCUAAUGUUUAAUGCGAAGGGAGAGGUAGACCGUUUCGGAAUUUCUACACGCGCGCUAUCGAAAAAUCGAUGUCUUCUACGGAUAUCUUUUGAGACCGGUCCAACGUUGCGCGUAUUUACGAUAAGUAAUUGUAAUUUUGGCUAAAGUUCCGAAAAGAGAUUUUUGCCCGAAUUACCGUCAAGUUCGGCUCCGAUGUCUCUCUCGGAAAAAUAAGCAGCGGAAUCUUUUAUCACGAUUUGUUCGUCUCCGCGAGGCUAAAUUUAACUUGCACUUUUGUUAAAUGAAAUUAAUUUCAACCGGCAAGUGGAUGAAUAUCUCUUAUUCUUCGUUACACUAGGCUUUAAAAUAAUUUGAGGUAAAUACGCUUUUCGGAACUUUGCUCGUAAUUUUAAGCGAAAGAUCUAAGUGUUCAACUUAAAUGAAUCAAUACGACUGCAAGCCGCAUAAGUAACACACCAUCUUUUUCAGAAAAUAACUAGUCGCCGUCAGAAUUUUAUUCCAUAAAGUAAUGGAUGCUAAGUCCGAUUAUUUAAAUUGACAUUUCCUUCCUGCAGUUUUAUUAAACUUUACACGAAUAAAAUACCGUCCGCGGUUUCUCGAAAAAGAUAUACAAUAAUUUAUGCGGUUUCCAAUCGCAUCGAUAUAAAUUAUUUCAUCGUACAUGGAUGAUACGUGUCUCCGAAAAAUAACCAAACGAAUCGAAUCGUCGUUCUUUCGCACGAACUCGAGACACGAUAGACAGAAUGUCGUACAUGUUACCGGAUGUUAGCCGAAUGUAAAAUGACAAUAGGUGUCAGCGGUCAAGCUGAUUCUGCGAGGAUGGAUAGGUGUAGCGAAUUGUCGAAUGUUUAAAGUCUAAACUAUCGAACCAAAUAUCGCGCGAGGGAGGAUAUCGAUGUACCGUGACAAUUUCACGUUCAAUCUGCAAUUCUCGAAUGUUUUUCUCUACAGUCAUCUACGAUUAAGAGCGUCAGUUAUCUGAUAAGCUGCGAACGUAAUUGAAAUACGUAAUUCUCUUAGCGUUUCCAUUGCGUACGACACAAAUUUCAUCGUUAACAUUUAAGUCUCAUUUUAUUUUCUCCAUUUAUUAAAUUGAUGUGCAAUCGUAGAGCUAUAUGAAUUAUGUGUGUAAGGAAAAUAAUAGUUUAAUCCAACUACGCGACUAAUAACUCAAGCGGCGACAAUUAUUUCGCUUUAAAAUAUAAAGUGCUACUCGAAAUACAGCAAUUCUAAUUAUUAUUUUGUUAAUUGUUUUGUAUGUAACUCUAUAAAGCAAAUUUAUUACUCAUUAUCGGGAUGCCGUUAUUACUAGAAAGUCUAUUAUAAAAUAAUGUAGUUGUUAAAAUAAUCAUAUUUAUAUAAAUAUAUAGGUAUAUAAAAUGCCAUAAAGAUCCGAUAUGAAUUAUCGAUCGAUUAAUAUCAAGAUGCGAAGUGUGAUUGUGAUCAAUGACGAAUUAAAUCAAUUACAUUGAAACAUUAUAUAUAUAAAGAGAGAAAGAGAGAGAGAGAGAGAGCAACGAUUACGCGAAUGUAAAACGAUUACGCAUCCCUAAAAAGUCCGAUGCGCUUGAUAAGCCUCAUUUAGAUGUUUGCAAAAUUGUAAAAAAUACACCCGAGAAAGUAAUUGAAUAUUGAUUAAACAAAAAAGUACUAAUCUUGGUCGUUUGUAUGCGAGUUUGUGUUCUUUAUCUAGAACAAUGUCGGACAACUCGCGGAUGUGUUAACGUGACGAAAAUAAGAGCGUAAAAUAAUCAUCCGCAUCGACGUAUACGGACAUUUCAAAAGAGCUACGGGCGUGUGAGGGGAUUAUCAAUAAUUAAGGCCGACGCCGCGCUGAUUGCUGUAAAUUAAUAUCGAUUGUGCAAUAGCGCGGCGCCGUGCUGUAAGUGUUGGAGGGGCGAGUAAACAAUUAAAGCUCACGAUGGGACGCGAUUAAGGCCUGGCGGAGCUCGAUAGCUCGGGGAAGGAAGGCCGGCUUAUCGAUCCCCGUGCCCCCCCGAGAGCGGCCCCGAGAGUUACCGUUGUUUCCGUAACGAAACGUCGCACCGUUAUGCAGAAUUUACGAGGCCGCGGGCGUUAACCACGCGAGAACCGUGCCAUCAAUUUUUAUCACCCUCACUUCCGAAUUAAGCUUAAACACGAUAUUUCUUUUCGAGCAUACGGCGGAUUUAUCGGACGAUUACACGGGAAUCCCGUAACUCGCGUUACGACCCGGCUGCGUAUUUCUCACAUCCGAUCCGCGUGCGCGAGGCUGUUAUUACUUUUUUUUUAAUAUCUCGUCAUUUAUUGAAAAAUUAUUACCGACGCCUCGGCUCCGGAUUGUUAUAUGUCUCUCGAGAGAUCCCGAGUCUCGAGACCGGACGACGGUUCAACGCAUGCGUGUUUUCGCCGAUUCUCCGGAAUUGGCUCAAUCACGUUCGGUCAAAUUUUCCCAAAUUUAGCAUCGAUUUUUGGACAAGUCUAAUUGGGAUUAUUAAUUCAUCUACUUGUCGUCGGGAUAUUCAAAGGAUUAGGCUGGUAUUACAUUUGUCGUACGACAAAUGUUUCAAGCGUGUCGAUUGGCCGCAGGAUAGAAAAAUUUCCGAGCGUCUAGAAAUCUUCUAUCUUGUGGCCAAUCGACACACUUAAAAAAAUUUGUCGUACGUCAAAUGUGAUAGUGCCCUUAAUGAGUUGUACGACGGGCAUUUAAUUUUCAUUCUCGCGGAUGUCUUUUUUUAUUAAGAUUUUCAAUUUCUUUGACAAUUUGUCGUCUUGAAUGAUGUCGAAAGUAAAUUCGAGACCUUCGUCACGUACAGAAAACAAUUGAAAAGGCUCGUUAGUCCAUCAUUCCAUAAUUACCAAUUAAUUGAUAUAUUAAUGCGAAAGAAACGUGACGAGAUAAUAAACAUAUACGAAAUCGCGGCAUCUAUUGCGAAGAAAAGUAGUCAGUAAUAUAUCUCGACUCGGAGUUGAGAUAUUCGUGAUAUCGAUCGUAAAAACUGCCCACAAUCAUCGGUAAUUCGCGUUCUCGCGAUAAUCUUAAGUGUAAUGAGGGAUAUAUUAGAGAGCUCGUUAUUGAAUUAUUGUAUACUCGACGCAAUGGUCGCGCGGGAACGCGCGAUGUUAUGUUUAAAAUGCUCUAGAGUCUUUAUUUAUUGUACAAAACGCUGGAUAUUAUAGAUAAAUAUAUAUAUAUACAUAUAAGUAUACGUGUAAGUUACAUAUACGAUCUAUAGUACCUAAUACGAUGUAUUCGUAUGCUUAUUAUGUGUAUAAAUAUGGAACAAUAAAAACCUACUUCGACGUUUCA